AGGGGGGGGAGAGAGAGAGAGAGAGACAGAGAGAGAAAGAGAGAGAGAGAGAGAGAGAGAGACGUCUUGCUCACUUAGCAGAGUGAAUAAGUGCUGUCCGUGAGGAAUACCCCGCGCGCGCGCACGCACACGCACACGAGCGCGCACCGUAUUUCUGUCCUCGGAUGUUCAGCCUGUGACAGUGAGCAGCAAGCGGCUGUGUAUGUAAGAGUGCGUGUGUGUGUGUGUGAGUGUGUGUGUGUGCGCGUGUGUGUUUGGACUGGAGAAGAGCAGCAGGGCGCAUCGCGGGAUUUCUCCUCACUCUUCCCUCUGGAUUGUGAAUGGGGUUUUAUCCCGGGAUAAACUUCGGAUCAUUUCCCAGGGCUGAUUGUUUCUACAUAUUUUUUGGACACAAUGAUUGAGCAGAGCACGAGGGAUUUGUUUCUGGGGACCCUUCUGGUUUCUGUGUUCUCAGCUGUAUCAGUCCAGAGCAACCCGUUUGCUUCCCUGCCACCUCUGUCAGCGCCGCGGAUCUACCUGUCCUUCAAAGAACUGAAGUCUACAGGCACGGCACAUCACUUCGCCUUCUUGCUCAACUCCACUGACUACAGGGUCCUACGCAUGGACGAGGAUCAUGACCGCAUGUAUGUGGGCAGCAAAGACUACAUCCUCUCCCUGGACCUAAAUGACAUCAACAAAGAGCCUCUUAUAAUCCACUGGCCUGUGGCUCCUCUGAGGAAGAAUGAGUGUGUUCUGUCAGGGAAGGACAUCAAUGGCGAGUGCGGAAACUUCAUCCGGCUGAUUGAACCAUGGAACCGGACUCACCUGUACGUGUGUGGAACAGGCGCCUACAACCCCAUUUGUACCUACGUAGAUAGGGGUCAAAAAUCACAGGCUUUGCUCCAGAAUCAGAAUCUUCGAGCAGGAGGCCGAACAAGUCGCGCAGCAGAACCCAGUGCCUCGCCUGAGCCUUAUGCACCCAAGGAAUACAUCUUUCGUCUGGAGCCUGGUAAAGUGGAUUCUGGGAAAGGAAAAUGCCCAUUCGACCCCAAAUUAAACAGUGUGUCUGCGCUGAUCAAUGGCCAGCUCUACGCUGGAGUGUACAUCGAUUUUAUGGGAACGGACUCUGCCAUUUUCCGUACACUAGGGAAGCACACGGCCAUGAGGACCGACCAGUACAACUCGCGCUGGCUCAAUGAUCCCACGUUUGUCCAUGCACAGCUCAUACCAGACAGUGCGGAAAAGAACGACGACAAGCUGUACUUUUUCUUUCGCGAGAAGGCUUCAGAGAUGGGUCAGACCCCCAUGACUCAAUCCAGAAUUGGCAGGAUCUGUUUGAAUGAUGAUGGUGGUCACUGUUGUUUGGUUAACAAGUGGAGCACCUUCCUGAAGGCUCGACUGAUCUGCUCCGUAACCGGGGCUGAUGGCAUUGAGACGCACUUCGACGAGCUCCGGGAUGUGUUUAUUCAGAAGACUCAAGACACCAAGAAUCCUGUCAUCUAUGGAGUCUUCUCAGUGUCUGGGUCAGUGUUUAAAGGUUCAGCCAUAUGUGUGUAUUCCAUGGCCGACGUGCGUAUGGUCUUUAAUGGCCCCUUUGCCCACAAGGAAGGUCCAAACUACCAGUGGAUAGCCUACCAGGGGAAAAUCCCUUACCCACGGCCUGGGACAUGUCCAGGAGGGACGUUCACCCCCAACAUGAAAUCCACUAAAGAUUACCCAGACGAGGUUAUCAACUUCAUGCGGAACCACCCCACCAUGUACAAUGCCGUGUAUCCAGUGCACAAGCGCCCCCUGGUGGUGCGCACCAACGUCGAUUACGAGUUCACCACUAUCACUGUGGACCAAGUUGCAGCAGCAGAUGGCAGUUACGAGGUGCUGUUCUUAGGAACAGACAGAGGCACGGUGCAGAAAGUCAUUGUUCUUCCUCGAGAUGAUCUACAGACUGAGGAACUAGUUCUGGAGGAAGUGGAGGUCUUUAGAGUUCCAACACCAAUAACCACAAUGAAGAUUUCUCCAAAACGACAACAACUGUAUGUGAGUUCAGCAGUGGGAGUGACUCACCUGGCAUUGCACAGAUGUGAUGUGUACGGAGAGGGGUGUGCAGACUGCUGCCUCGCCCGGGACCCUUACUGUGCCUGGGACGGCAAGUCCUGCUCUCGCUACUCCACCAACCACAAGAGGCGCAGUCGAAGGCAAGAUGUGAAGUACGGCAACCCGAUUAGACAGUGCAGAGGAUACAACUCCAAUGCCAAUAGAAACACUCUGGAGGCGGUGCAGUAUGGAGUGGAGGGAAGCACAGCGUUCCUGGAGUGCCAGGCCAGGUCUCCUCAUGUGUCCAUCAAAUGGCAUUUUCAGAAGGAGAACAGUGACAGGAGACGAGAGAUUCGUUCAGAUGGGCGUGUGUUGCACACAGAUCAGGGCCUGCUUUUGCGCUCCCUGCAGCUCUCAGAUGCCGGCACCUACCAGUGCACAGCCACAGAGAAGAACUUCAAGCACACACUGGUCAAGCUGCAGUUGCUUGUGCUCUCAGUACGCACUGUCAACAGCAUCCAAAUGGAGACCGGAGCCUCUAUACCUGCCAUGCCCGCUGUUCCCCUACAGACCAGUGCCUGGACACCCAGUGCUGAGCAGUAUAAAGACCUGCUGACCAUCCUGAGCCAGCCUGAGAUGGGCUUAAUCAACCAGUACUGCCAGGACUACUGGCAAAUCGCUGAGCACGACAAGAAAGACCCGUAUGAACCGAAAGAGCAGCGCAAACCGCGUAACCGGAGACACCACGAGACCCAGAGGAGCUCAGCUGAGACACGAGGAGGAGGCUGAGGAGGCCGGAACAGACACAGAGACGCAUAAAGUACAUGCAUCCACAAGACUCAAGCAAAAACUCCAACCCGCUGAAACACAUCACACAUGAAAAUAAGUUAAACUACAGCGUGACCCAUGGACUUAAUGGACACAUUAGAGCAGCGAGAGUAGGCAGUAUUUAUUGUAGUUUGUACAUAGUUAGACUCUGUGGAUAUCUUUGUACUAAGAGCACAAAAAGAGAGAAAAACAAACAGUUUUGUGUAUAUGAUUCUUCUGUGCAGAUAUUUUAUUAUUGUUAUUCUUCGUAUAGCAUAUUUAUUAUAGUGUUCUUGUCCUAAUGAACUGUGUGAUUGUAUUACUGGAAAGGCGAAAGCACAGUUACAUGCUGUAUAUACUGAGUGGAUAAAUACUCAUGGCACCUCAUUUAUAGGUGAUCCUAAUAGGCCACCAGGUAAUAUACAAUAAGACAUUAGCUGUAGCACCAGUGGUUUUACUUACCAAGCAGUUUCCAUGGUUACGAGCUGUAUUCCUAAUCAGUCACACUUUGUUUGCUUUAGCUCCUGUUAGGUAACGGGCCACAUUACACUUAGUCCAGUGUCCAACGUGGGCCAGACGGGAAAAAAAAGUUAGUUUGUUAGAUCAAUAACACAUGAACAGCGCCUCUUAAAGGUGUUUUUUAUUCUAUCAGCAUUCACCUGAAAGUUGCAUUGUGAAUACACACAUGAACGGAACAUGCAUCUCCUACAAACCUGAUCAACAAAUUGCAAUUCAUUACAAAAAAAUUUCCAGAUUAUGGUUUUUCCAUACAGUGGCAUGCAUAAGUAUUCACCCCCUGGAACUUUUCCACUUUCUGUAUUGUUACAACCUGGAACUGAAAUAGACCUAAUUGCUAUUAUAUGUCCAAUUUUAGCAUGCUGAUGAAGGGUUACAAAUCAUUGUGUCGGUGGCUAGCACAUUUUUUUCCAGUAGCUGAGCUCUAUUUUCGCCUUCUAAUGGAAAACACCUGACUACAUUUUUCAGUUAUGGUUCACAAGACGAUCUUGCUUUAGAGCACAGAUUCAAAAUUCAUUUACUCGGCCUGAGUACGACCUUUAUCGACACCCCUGCUUUAGCUAUACUCGAGCAUAAUUAUAAUAAUAACUGUCUGAAUACUUAGCCGAGGAAAGAAUAUUCAUACAGUCAUUACCUGACUGGGAUAACACUGUGUACAGUGCAUCAGAAUCAUCCCAGCUCUACGCAGGAAGUUUAAAACAUCAGCUUUAUGUCUUUGUAAUGGUCUUGAUCUUCCAUGUCUAUAUGACUACAUGUGCAAAAUUCUUCUGUAAGUCACUAGUUCUGGUUCUAACCCAAAAGCACAUCCCACAUAGUAACGAUAUGCUCUUACUCAUGUUAACACGUUAUUUGUAAAUAGUACAUACAAUUAUUGCACGCACAAGAACUUAGUACACAAAGUUACAGAAUGCAUAGGAUUCAAAUCAGGACGUUGUUUGUUUGGAGUUUGUUUUUUGUUUUUUUUUUCUAAAUUAAAUGCAUAUUAAAACUGUAUGCCAUAAUGUGAUAACCUCGUACAUCUUUAUAACAGAGGAAUCAAGGAACACACUUUUAACCACCUGAUCCGGUCAUUUAGACUGUCGUCCCAGAGUUUUAGGAGAAUUGUUCUCAUUUUUUGCAUGAAAUGUUUUUGUACUGUACAGCUUUAUUAGUUACAACCCAGUUAUGUUGUUGUGUAGAUGUUUAUGGAUGGUCUUUUAUGUAAGAAUCACUUUAUGUGAAAACCACAAAGGAACAUAGAGACUGAUUUAAAGGAACAGAGAAUUACUUCAUGCACAAGUCAAGCUGUUAGGAAGCUUCGUGGACUUCACUCUCAUGUCUCUCUUGCCUGUCUUGUGGAAUUGCUUGACAUGUGGUAAAGCAGGCUGCUUCAAAUGACUGUUGUACAAUAUCGGGGGUUCUAUUUGUAAUACAUUAUAUACCACUGUGGUUUGUCUUUCAUUUUGUCUUUUCUAAUAUUUUCUGUGUAUAAAAUAUUAUUGGAAAUAGGUGUUCUUCAAAGUUAAUGUUAUGGUACUGACUUUACUGUGCUUUUUUUUUUUCUUUUCUUUUAUUGUUGUUGUUGACUAAAUAAAGUUCUAUAUUUUAUAACAAAA